AUGUCUGCUUCGUCCAGUGAUGUAGCCAUGGAAAGUGUUGAUGAAAAUGCCAAUGCCAUUGAACCUCCGUUCAAGAAGAAGAAUCCUGAUUUGGAGGACGAUUUGGACAAAUUAAUUCGACAUCAAAACGCAGAAAUGCAUGAACUUCAUGGAGCUAUAGUUGAUCCAGAUUCCCAUUUGCAGAACGUCGCCCAUGUGUACACAGAAAAUGGAAAAUGUUUUUCAGGAACGCUAGAUAAAGUCGAUUUGAGUGUUCGCAUUGAUCAAAAUUCCUAUUACAAACUCCAAUUGUUGGAGUCGGAUGCCGAUAAUCCAAAAAGAUACUGGGUUUAUCGUUCAUGGGGUCGCAUUAAUGAGAACAUUGGUGACAAUAAAUGCGAAGAAUUCGAUACAUUGGACGAAGCUAAGAAUAGUUUUUAUACGGUUUAUCGUAGGAAAACUGGAAACAAUUUUGGCAAUGGCUUCUUCCAAAAAUGGCCUGGAAGAUAUUUUCAAUUGGCAGCUUCAAAUGAACCGGAUGAAAAAGUAUACGAACUGGUUGAUAGUGAGACAUUAGAUCAGUCAGUAUCAAAUUUGUUGAAACUUUUGAUGAACACGAACAUAAUGAGCGAAGUGAUGGUAAAAUUUAAUCUUGAUAUGGACAAAAUGCCACUAGGCAAAGUCAAAACCAUACAAUUCGGAAAAGCUUUUGAAAUAUUAGAAGAAAUCUCACGAAAAAUUGGAUGCAAAGAAUCACGCGAGUCGUUAAUAGAAGCAUCAAAUCGUUUCUACUCGUUUAUACCACAUAAAGCAAACAGUAAAGACACGAUCGUUUCUAAUCAUAUGGCUUUCGAGAAGUUGAUGAUGCUUAUGAGUUUGAACAGUAUCAAAUUUUCCUAUACGUUUCUUUACAAAUCUGGUGAAAGUGGAAAACAUCUUCUAGACGAUUUCUAUACUAAAUUGCAUACCACAAUUCAACCACUCGACAAGAGUUCCGAGCAAUACGCAAUCAUAAAAAACGCAGUAGACAACACAAAACUGGAUUGCAAUAUUGAAGUUGCAGAUAUUUUCAAAAUUCAACGUAAGGGUGAGAAUGAAACAUGCGCUAUGUUUGAUAGCGUAACAAAUCACAGAAUGCUCUGGCAUGGCAGCCGAAUUGUCAAUAUCAAUUUGAUUCUUGCACAUGGGUUGAAAAUUGCACCUCGUGAAGCACCCGUUAUCGGUUGCAUGCUUGGAAAGGGGCUGUACUUUUCCGAUGUAAUUGCAAAUUCCGCAGAAUAUUGUUAUGCCAGACAGAGUGACAACACUGGUAUUGUUUUAUUGUGCGAAGUAGCACUUGGUGAAUCAAUUCAGUGCGUUGAUCCGGAAAAUAUCAAAGAGUUACCAGAUGGUAAGCAUUCAGUUCACGGUGUCGGAAAAAAGUCACCGCAAUCAUAUAAGUUGAUAGACAAAGUGGCCAUUUCUUAUGGCAACAUGAUUAAAAAUGAUAGCAUUGACACUAGCUUCGAGUACAACGAAUACGUUGUAUACAACAAUCAACAGGUUAAAAUCAAAUAUUUGGUUAAACUUAAAUUUAGCGAUUCAAUGCCCGUUUUUUAA